AUGGCUACGCGGUUACCUGCAGCAGUAAUUGAUAACGGCACAGGGUAUACUAAGCUAGGUUACGCUGGCAAUCCUGAACCACAAUAUAUCUUUCCUAGUUGUAUUGCAGUUAAAGAAUCUGCUGGCGUUCGAUCUAAUAUUGCUAGAGGAAUCGAUGAUCUCGAUUUCUAUAUUGGAGAUGACUGUUUCGAACAACCUGCAUACGCCGCUAAGUAUCCUAUUCGCCACGGUGUCGUAGAAGAUUGGAAUCUAAUGGAACGAUUUUGGGAGCAGUGCAUUUUCAAAUAUUUACGAGCGGAGCCGGAAGAUCAUUACUUUUUAUUGACGGAACCUCCUCUCAAUACACCAGAAAAUAGAGAAUAUACUGCAGAAAUCAUGUUCGAAUCAUUCAAUGUCCCCGGCUUAUACAUUGCUGUUCAGGCUGUACUUGCUCUAGCAGCAUCAUGGACGUCACGAGAGGUAUCACAAAGAACUCUGACUGGCACAGUAAUAGAUUCUGGAGAUGGUGUAACACAUGUCAUACCUGUGGCGGACGGAUAUGUUAUUGGAAGUUGCAUCAAGCAUAUACCGAUUGCUGGUAGAGAUAUUACACAUUUUAUACAACAAAUCUUAAGAGAACGAGAAGUCGGAAUACCCCCAGAACAGUCUUUAGAAACUGCUAAACAAAUCAAGGAACGUUACAGCUAUAUAUGUCCAGACAUUGCUAAAGAGUUUGCAAAAUAUGAAAAAGAACCGGCAAAGUGGAUUAAGAAAUAUGAGGGUAUCAACAAUAUAAGUAAACGACCUUUUAACGUUGACGUCGGAUACGAGCGCUUUCUUGGUCCAGAGAUCUAUUUUCAUCCGGAGUUUUGCAAUGAAGAUUUUCAAACGCCAAUAUCAGAAGUUGUAGAUACAGUAAUUCAAAAUUGUCCCAUUGAUGUUCGUAGACCUUUAUACAAGAAUAUUGUACUAUCUGGUGGGUCGACUAUGUUUAAGGAUUUUGGUAAGCGUUUACAGCGCGAUGUUAAAAGAACGGUAGAUAGCCGCUUAAGAAUUAGUGAACAGUUGAGUGGAGGCAAAUUAAAGCCUACAUCAAUUGAUGUUCAAGUAGUAUCACAUUCUAUGCAACGUUAUGCCGUUUGGUUUGGUGGUAGUCUCUUAGCCGCUACGCCUGAAUUUUACAGCGUUUGUCAUACUAAAGCUGAUUAUAUGGAGAAUGGGCCCAGUAUCUGCAGACACAAUCCAGUUUUUGGUGUUAUGUCAUAA